AUGGAGCAAAUUACAAGAUGCAACAAAGAAGUCCUCAUACCAGUGUGUGCUGGAUCCUUCACGUCACGUUCCCCAGACGAGCUGCAGUCCCUGGGCUUGUCAGAUGUGAGUGAUGACCAGGCUGCCUCUGAAAGCAUCGCGGGUGGAAAUAAAGACAGCGGCGUGUCAGCCCCUCACAAGCACCCAUCAGCGCACCUGGAUGUAUUGACAGGCCCAGGACAGAGGAGGCAAGUGUCCCGGCGCAGUCACAGCUCACCUUGGCUCGGCCUGCAAUGUCAGCGACCGGGGCGGCCAUCACUCUGCUCCCUGUCCCACGGAUUAUUUAAAGCCAAACAAAUACCAGCACCUGAAUGUCACGGCAAGGACGCCCCGCCUCAUCGCCACCAAUCAGUGUCGCGGGUUCCAAAUCACCCUUUCUCCUUCGCGCGGGCCCACAAAUCCAUCUUGUGCUCCAGCCGCCACACACACCCCCAUUCGACCUCUUCCGUAAAGCCGCAUGGAGGGGCGGUCCGGCAGCAACGGCAGAUUUACAACCCCCACCCCCCACCCCCACCCCACGUCAAGCGCCCGGCGACGAUUUAUUGA